UAAUGGGAUCUAAACCUACAGUUCCUGAAUCUGUUAAAUCAAUGAGUACUAAGAAAGACACUGAAUUUUCUGUUCACAUAGUCUAUUGCAGUGGAUGAGGAUAUGGCUAAUUUUACAAUUUCUUUGUUGAAUGUUUAUAAAUUAUCUAUCCUAAUGCAAAGGUUACAGGUGAAUAGACACCAAAUGUAAAAUUAGAAAUUAUAAGUUAGGUUUCUGGGUAUUUCGAAAUAGAAAUUACAAAAAAUGGUAAAAAAUAGGUUGUUCAUUCAAAAAAGAAUGGAGAUGGCAUUUUCAAUGAAAAAUCAUGUCAACCAAUAUUAGAUAAAUUAAAGAAUUAUGUUGAGGCUUGAGUGACU